GCACGAGAUGUCGCCUGCAGCGUGUCCAUUGUUGCUGCUGCUGCUGUGCGCAUGCGCGACGGCCCGCGACGGGCCGCUGGCCGCCUACGUCGCCCGGGGCGCCGACGGUCGCCUGGCCGUCAGCUACGCCGAGACGCCCCUGGACGCGGCCUGGGGAGACGGGCGCAACCUCACGGCGUCGGCGUCCUUCGAGAACUCCAUCAACAGCACAGGGUGGGCCGUGCUCGGCGUGCAGACCAACGAGGCUCUGGCCGACGAGCUGCAGGCCUACAGCGUGGGGCUGCUGGAGGGCUUCCUCACCGCCGACCUCAUCCACAUGUACUGGUGGAACACCAUGCGCGGCUUCUGCGACGGCCGCGAAGAGGUGUGCGCGCGGGUGCAGGACUACCUGCGCACCAACCAGCGCUGGGUGGAGGACAUGGUGGCCAACCACAGCUCCACGCAGGCCUACUGGCACCAGGUUGAUCUUAUCUACAAACAACUCAAAGGUGUGGCAGAUGGGUACGCAUCUAAAAACCAAGAUCCAUCCAAAGUUUUGAGCUACAACGAUAUUCUGUGGCUGAACCUGCAGGGCGACCUGGAGGACCUGCUGGACGCCGUGGACCCCGCCUCGUGGCUCGAGGAGCCCGCAGCGGUGCGCGGGGGGCGCGUGCCGGGCGCCGGCUCCUGCUCCGCCCUCGUCAAGAUCCUGCCCGACGGCUCGGACCUCUUCGUGGCGCACGACACCUGGUCCAGCCUGCAGUCCAUGCUGCGCGUGCUGAAGAAGUACGACUUCGGCUACCGCGCGGUGAACGGCUCCGGGGAGGUGGUGCCCGGCCGCAGCAUCUCCUUCUCCUCCUACCCGGGCGUCAUCCUGUCCAACGACGACUUCUACGUCACGUCGGCGGGGCUGGUCACGCAGGAGACCACCAUCGGCAACAGCGACUCCACGCGCUGGCAGUUCGUGCGGCCCGAGGGCCAGGUGCUGGAGUUCGUGCGCACGAUGGUCGCCAACCGGCUGGCGCACUCGGGCCGCAGCUGGACCAAGACCUUCGGCAUGUACAACAGCGGCACCUACAACAACCAGUGGAUGGUCGUGGACUACAAGCGCUUCUGGCCCUUCCAGCCGCCCGCCCAGCAGAAGAAGGGCUUGCUGUGGGUGCUCGAGCAGAUACCGGGCUACGUCGAGGCGGCGGACAAGACGGACGUGUUGAGGAAGCAGUCCUACUGGCCUAGCUACAACUCUCCCUACUUCCCGACCGUCUUCAACAUGAGCGGCCUGCCCAAGCUGGUGCAGAAGUACGGCAGCUGGUACUCGUACGACCACACGCCGCGGGCGCUCAUCUUCCGGCGCGACCACCACAAGGUGGCCAACAUGUCGACCAUGCUGGACCUGAUGCGCUACAACAACUACCUGCGCGAGCCGCUGUCCAAGUGCGCCUGCGAGCCGCGGCACAACGCCGAGAACACCAUCGCGUGCCGCAGCGACCUGAACCCGGCCAACGGCACGUACCCGUUCCCGGCGCUGGGGCACCGCUCGCACGUCGCCACCGACUCCAAGGCGACCAGCCGCGCGCUGGCCAAGGACCUGCGCUUCGUGGCGGUGUCCGGGCCCCCGCACGGCCACGGGGUGCCCGUCUUCCAGUGGAACACCUCGGACUUCCGCGACGACACGCCCCACCUGGGGCAGCCCGAGUACUGGGACUUCAAGCCGGUCACCAUCAAGUGGGACUAGCCACUCCCUCUCUCGCAGUUUUAUCACUAACGUGUUCUUGGCUUCCGGGUUCAUGCCACAACAUCUUUCCCAUGGAUGUGGCCCCAACCCAGAGACCGAAAAGUAGUUUGUCAUGUUUAGAGUUAGUUUUUACUGGCAGCAGCGAAUCUCUGGCGAAAUUGCAAGGUGACUAACUGUUAUGAAACACUUGGUAUUGUUGAGUGCCAUAAUUGUAUUCUGUCCACAGAGAAAACGUGUAGAAUUGCUAAUUAUUUGUUUAUGUAUUUGUGAGUUGUGCUCGUAAAUAUUGUUAUUUGGCUGCCACACAUGGUAAACCCACAUGGAAUUCACACGACUACUGGUUAUUCAUCGUAGCUAUUUGUGGUAUAUUUUACCACUAUCUUAUGUGGUUGUACCAUCAUCAAUCUGACAUGUCAUGGAAGAAAUGGAGCCAAUUGUAAUAUUCUAGCAAUCGCUCUUGCAAAUUUGUGAACGUCAGAGCUAACGUCUAACACCAAUGAAACCAUUGAAUGGUUUAUUACCCGUCUUAAAUGAGUAAGACUGUGUAGUCUAGUCUGAUGGUCAAACACAUAGUGAUACAUUAAGGUCUCAAGGGUUUAUGUAGAGACUUUGUCAUUUCGUUGUAUAUUCAAACAUAGGUCUAGGCUCUAAUCCUAUACAUAUUGGAUUUUUUGUCGGAUUUCGAAUUCUUUCCUUCUCGUUUAGAUGCAAUAUCCUUAUUAAAAUGCAUAACAUCUUGUAUGGAAGUACAAGAACUUAAUAGUUUUCCACGGGCUCAGUUUUGCGUUCCAAUUGUAGAAUUGUCAAAAGUAAAAUCGCUCGAUUGUAAUGAAUCUAGUAUCUUGCUGUUUAAAAUAGCAGGGAACGAUAGGUUGUCAGGUCAUGAAAAUGCUCAUUACUAAUUUAAUUUUCCUACAAUGUCUACAGCCACCAUCUGUUUAAAAAUGUUUUGUCCCUGCAAUGACACUAGAGAUACGUUACUGCCAACUGAAGUGACAUUUCAGAUCUCGUUUUUCCUCGCAAGCAUCAACACAUACUUAGAAUAUAACUUAUAACAAUAUCAUCACAACAAUUUCAAACAAAACUCAUUAACAUUUACCUAUAGUUAUAAGUUAUUGAUUAAGAUGGGAAAGCAUAUUUAGUAUAACAGUAUAAAAUAUUAAAAUGUAAUUUAAAUUGUAUUCCUUUGUUUAAAAUAUUUCAGCACGUCUUUUGAAUAUAUAGCCCUACAGUAAAAUAUUUUUGUAAUGUAAAAUUGAUUCCCAAAAAUCAGUAACAUUUACAGAAACAUAAAUUUAGGCAUAAAAUUAAGUAUGAUGUUACUCUUUUUAUAUUUUAAACCUUAGUAUGCAUACAAUUAUUUUACUUAGGUAGUUAAAAUGUGUAGCUUUCAGCAUAUUUUUAAUGUAAUUCAAGUCUGACGGAUAUUCCUCACGAUAAUAUUAUACUAAUAAACAUAGUGUGACGGAGUAUCUCAACAUAUUAGGAAUUUUUUGUGUUCAUAUUGCCGCCUUAUAUUUACUAACGAAUAUUUCUGUUGCUAAUAACUAACAUUUUACAUACAUAGUUAAUUAUCAUAUAACUAAAAAUAUUUAUUUAUUUUUAUGGCUUAUAUUUUACAAUCUGUAUUUUCAAAACGAUGUUUUAGAGUUCAAGUUUUAUUCUUAGAAAUAGAGACAUGGUUAUUUCGCUUUUUUCGCUCCAGAGUAGUCUCGCAUUACCUGUGAAUACUGUCUUGAUCACGCAUGAUGUGCUGACAGGCAGCUACCACUGCCAAGAGUCCAUUAGUAGUUUCCCUUGGUUUCUCAUGAUUCGGUCUCACUGCCUCGCCAAUGGUCGCUCGGAGGGCGUGUCAAAACAAUAUGCAAGGGCCAAACACAUGAAUAAAGCAGGUGUACACGUGAUUCGAGUCUACUUUCUCACACAGUGGAUACGCGAGACUUUCGCGCUUCUGCUUACAGUUAGCGGCAGGUAUUUUUCGCGAAAAUAAUUUUUUGGACUAGCUGUGUGUCAAUGCUAACAGUCAACGCCUGUGUUUCAUGAUUGGUUGAGUUUAUUUAGGAACGAGUCUACUCUCAGCACAGUGUUAUUACAGGAAUGUACUGAAGUAAACGCGUCCUAAAUUGCCCGGACAACUAAGGCAUGGCUUCUCUUUCAGACGGCCACCAAUCCCAAUGGAAAGCCACUGGUGCGGGCAAGCCUUGUUCCAGUCUAAUAAGCUGUCAGUUUUUUUUUGCGAAAAAUACGUAUCCAUAAUAAUAGCCACUGAUAUUUCGUGGAUUCAUUGGGGACCAAAGUAGACUUGAAGCACAUAUACUUCUGCCUUAAAUUUGAUGGUUGGACUACAGUGCUCUUGACACGCCCUUAACGACCCUGAGCCGUCUACAACAAAGUAUGUGACCUUGACAACCAAUCAGUACUUCAGUAAUGUUUGAUUUUAUACAGGCAAGUUGAGUCUAGCCUGGAAAGAAAUAAAUCCGCGAAAUAAUCUAGCUCUACUUACAUAGCACAUUGCCACCUUACGAAGUUAUUCGAAAUGGCUAGUUUGUUACGUCAGCAGAGGAAACUUUUUUUGUACUUUGAGCAAAAUUAAAGAACAAACAAUUUUAAUCUUUAAUAGUUUAAUUAAAUAUAUAAAUUUUUAGUUUAGCCUCGCAGUUUUAUUUAUUGCUAUUUACUAUCUAUGUUUAUUUAUUUAAAGUUAUUUGUAUCAAACAGUGUCACACAAAUAAAAAUAAAAUUUCAGAUUUCAA